CUGGCCACAAGUUUGAAACAUUUCAGAAGUGGAGCAGGACACAGACAGAGAGAGGAGAGAGGAGCCGUGCAAGGCAAAGCAACAGAAGACACAGACAAACAUUUGGGAUAACUUUUAGUUUUUCAAUUUUUAAUCUUUUCAAAUUUGUGAGUUAUGGUUUUGAUGUCUUGAACUUGUUUGGGUUCACUUUUUCAACUUUACUACUUGACUUUUCAGUGAAAUAUCUUCAAUAUCAUACACUUCGGAAUUUCUUUUUAAAUUUUGUUUGUGGUUUGACAAAAAUCCAUCAAUUGCUAAUUUCGCAAACCUUUUUUUGUAUUUUUCACUUUUUAUUUGGAUCUUUUGCUUUUGUAUUUACAUUUUAAAUUCAAGAUAUUCACAAACUGAUGUAUUGAAUUGUAAAAAUCAUCACUUGGACUUAAAAGAUUGCUAUCCAAAAGUUUCGCCAGAAGAAAUUUCCUCCAUUUUUAUUUAUUUUGAUGAUUUGCUUUGAAACCUACCACUCAAAUUUAAGAAAUUUUGGCGAAAUCUGGCAAGUCAGAACUUUACAAACAGAAUUCCACUUGGACUAAAACCAGUCAUCAAAAACUUCUUGAAAUGAAUUUAGCAGAAUCCAAUUUUCUACACCCCAAAAGAGUGUCAAUGGAAGGACCAUGGACAUCCGGGACCCCCAGCCCAGAAUCGGAUGGGGAGAUGGGGUUUGAGCACAGCCUGUCGGGCGACUGCAGCUCUCCGGACAGUGGGAGUGGGAGGACCGGAGCCAGGAUCUCUGGAGGACCAGGAUCAGGGGAGCAGAUCCGAGGAGGUGCACCGGUGGAUGGGAAGGGCGCGGGGGGAGAGCAGAGGAUCCGGAGGCCCAUGAAUGCUUUCAUGGUUUGGGCCAAGGACGAGAGGAAGAGACUGGCUCUGCAGAAUCCAGACCUUCACAACGCAGUGCUCAGCAAGAUGCUUGGUCAGUCGUGGAAAGCCCUCAGUGCCUGCGACAAACGCCCUUUUGUGGAAGAGGCAGAGCGUUUGAGGGUCCAACACCUCCAGGACCAUCCCAACUACAAAUACCGCCCCCGGCGCAAGAAGACAACCAAGAAGCUCAAACGUGUUGAACCGGGGAUCCUCCUCCACAGCUUAGCCCAGGGAGGAGCCACCGGCCUGGGCAUGGGAGACAACCUACCCGGGGCCCCAUCUUAUGGACAUCCGGGCUCCCACUCCUCCCACCACCAUCACCCCCAUCACCUGCUGCCUUCGCUGGGCCACUUCCAGGACCUUCCGCCCUCUUCGCACCCGGAGCUGGAGAGCUACGGCUUGCCCACUCCUGAGAUGUCACCGCUGGAUGUUUUGGAUGACUCCGGAGCUAGUGAAUCCGUGUUUUUUCCACAACAUAUGCAAGAUGAAAAUGCUAUGGGGGGGAGUUGGAACAGCUAUCACCAAAUUCAGCACUACAGCCACCACUAUGGUCAAAAUGCGCAAACGAUUAACUUAAAUAGUAGCGCUAACUCUACCCUGAGCCCUCUAAGAAGCUCAAGAGUCGAUAUCGAUUCUAAUUCUAGAUUGAACCAAAUUCCUAGCCACCAUAUUGCGCUACGAAAUCCUGCCAAAUGUCCAAUUCAAGAUUCUACUUCCUGUUCAUCCAACCAAACAAUUAGCUACUAUAGCCAGAUGUAUCCCGCUAGCACAACACCAAAUGCUAAUCCAUUUGCAUCAACAAGUUUAGGCCAGCUAUCACCACCCCCUGAAGCAUCCUGCGUAAAUCCUACCGUAUCAACAUUUUUACACCCAAUUCAGCACAUAGACCAAUCCAAUACCUCCACUAACCUGUCCAACCUAGCCGCUAAUGAUUUUUGGUCAGAAGUUGAUAGACAUGAGUUUGAUCAAUACAUGCGGAGAAACAGAGAGGAGGUUUAUGCGUCUAAACUUGGCCGUAGUAGUGUCGGGAGUAGCAUGAGUGGAGGUGUGAUCAGUAGGGAUGUGGGUAGCAUUAUGUCUAGCGGUAGCGGUUGUGAAGAUGCUAGCAGUCCGCUCAUUUCGGCCUUGUCCGACGCUACAAGUGCGGUCUAUUACAGCGCAUGUAUUAGCGGGUGAAGAAUUAGAAGAUUGCUGCUACUUCAUUGGUCUGGUAAAAUGUAUAGCUAAAAAAAUCUGUUCAAUAUUUUUGGUUAUUUUUAGGACUUAACGCACAACUGAUGCUAAACUGGAUUUUUUUUUUUUUGAUUUGUGUAUUAAAUUUGCCAUCUAAACGUUCUUAACACCCGUAAUCUCUUAAAUAUUUUCAAUUGAUUAUUUAUUUAUCUUCAGUAACAUGGUUGCCACAGCCUUAUCACUUCGGGGCCCACUGCUGCCUAUCCAGUGAGAUGCUUUGUCCGGAAUGUUCCACAGUACGGCAUUACAAUUCUGUAUUUUGCAUUUAUUUAGCAGGUGUUUAUAUGCUAAAUGAAAUACCUUCUAACUGUGAGUGGGCUCUGGGAUCUGAACUGUAACUUAACCUGCCUGUCUCUAUAGUUGUUUAAUGCCAUACUGUGGAACUUUCCAUGCAUAUUGAAACAUAUCUACAUAGUGCAUCUGUAAAUGGUGUUAUAUUUGCUGUCCAUUCAAAGUCUUAUUUUGGUUGGUAUUUUGGUUCUACUAGUAUCAGUUGGUCCCAUUUCUUAAUCUUGAAUCACUGUAUUUUAUUUUAUUUUUUUUCAACUUUCUUCAAGCCAUUCUUUUAUUUUAUUGUUUGGAUCAAGUGGCAAUCGACAACUUAAGCAAAAUAUGCACUACAUAUACAAUUUGCCUAAUAAUAUGUUCACUCCUGUCUCCUUUGACUCCAUGUGCAAUGCAGACCAAUGACUUUUUCAUCUCAAACGUAUGAUUUUUGUCUCUCGUGUCUUGUUAUUAUCAGUUGUGUUAUUUGACCCUUAUAACUGGAUAUUUUGGCUCUUUGCUGGUUUGACUUACCCCCAAUAGACCUCUGCCCUUGUCAAGAUCAGCAAACUGCCUGAUUUAAUUUAAUUGCUGUAGCAGGGCCGUGUGGUUUUCAAACAAGCCUGAGAAUCUCAACUAUUUUAACAUUUUAGCUAACGCAAACAAACUGGAAGUCUUUGCAGCGUGUUGGAUGUGACUGAUUCUAACAGGAGCGACAUCAUGACAUAGAAGCACAUUUUAAACAAUAGCAUCUCAGGAUUUUAAAGGUUCACUGUGUAACUUUUCUGAUGGAGGGCACAUCGGUGAAGAAGAGAUCACAGCUAUUACACACUCAACAUUUCAGGAAAAGCAAAAAUAUGUGAGUGGCAAGUGAGUGGUGGAACUCCUUCAGCAUAUGUAUGUAGUGCACUUUUAAUUUGACAUUUUUGUGAACUUUUAUGACUAAAAUAACUCUAAAAACUAGGGAUGCACUGAUCCAGGUUUUCAGUUCCGAUACUAAUUUCAAUACUAAAUCUGUCGAUACCUGAUAUCGGCUGAUAUCAGUGCAGCUACAGCAUGUACUUCCUUUAAACAAAAAAUAAAAUAACUGAUCACUUUGUGCAAAUUCUAACAUUAUGAUACUUUGUGUUCCAACUAGCACUAGUAAACGGUCUUAAAUGUAAAUGCUGACCCAGGAUAAUGGCGGACUUCAAAUGUGGAAAUCGAUAUCUGAUCCAGCUGUGUUUUCAGUAUCGGCGCUGGUAUACAAUACAUAAUACAUUUUUUGACCUUUUUUUUCCAAAAUGAAUUCAUGUUGAACACAAACAUUACACAGAUCAAUUUUAUAAUCAGAUUGUGAAUGAAGAUUUGCUAAGUUUUCAUCCAACUUUUCUACAUAUCUUCUGGAGUCUAUUAUAUUGCACUCUAAAAUGUGGACACAUUUCAUAAACCUGUCAGAAAAGUGACAUAAUGCACAUUUAAUUUAACAUUUUUGUGAAAAAUGAAUGAAAAACAGACUUUUAACCAACGAUUCACUAAAAUUUCAUCCAACUUUGCUACAGAUCUUCCUGGAGCGUAUUACGUAUUACAGCCUAUUAUCAUUUAAAGUGUUAACUCUAAAAACUUGGACAACUUUCAAACACCUCUGUCAGAAAAGUUACGUAGUGCACUUUCAAUUAAAAUAAUGUUUUUUUCAAACUUUUUUGUCCAAACUGAACUCAUGUUUCAACUCUUAAAAGUCAGACAAAUUUCAAAAAUGGACCAUAACCCAAGUUUUCCUCCAUCUUUGCUACAUAUCUGGUGAACAGAUUUCACAAACCCAUCAGAAAAUGAACUCAUGUUGAACUCUAAAAAUGUGGACAAAUUACAAAAACGGACCAUCACCAAGUGUCUGAAGAUUUGCUAAGUUCUCAUCCAACUUUGCUUCAUAUCUUUCUGGAGCCUAUUACGGGAAAAGCUUGGCCCAAAACCCCAUCGCUGACCACUGGUUUGUCCCACAGACUUUUGGGGAACGCUUUACAAGUCGGUUCUGGAUAGAUUUGAGUGUGAUUGAUAGUUUUUUUCCCCUCUCUGCGCAAGGAUAAAGUUACUGUUCUUUUUGGCUAACGUACAUACUAGGAACUUUGACGUUUGAAGCUCAUAAACAUUGAAUUUGUUUAAACCAAAUGUCAGUUUUGAAGGUUUAAAGACUGGUUUGGUCGAGGGAAAAUGACCACAAAUCAGCGAUAAUGUCUCCGUGUUGUAGCGUUUAUCAUGUUUUUUGACCUGAUAGUGAUUUACUGUAUAUAUGAAGUUGUUAUGGGGUUGUGAAGGAUAAAUAUAUUGUAUGAGACUAUGAAUUUUCUUUUUGCACUGGUCAAAUGUGUAUAGUAUAGAAAACCACCAAAUGGAAGUAUUGUUUAAAAGAUGUAAAUAAUGAUCUGAGUUUUUGUCAUAAAUAAUUGUUUUGUUUUACUCUUUGGGAAAAUCUGAACAUUUUGCUGGAAUAAAGAGAUUGAUGUUUA